GAGUCCCCACCCCAAAACCCCCAACGUAUCACAUGAUCCGUACCACACUUUUGGAUGAGCUUGAUGUGGAAGUCCAAAAGUGUGUGAAACCUGUCCUCGCUACUGCAGCUACCUACGGUUGCACGAUAAUGACAGAUGGUUGGACCAGCAUUCGGGGCCAAACGUUGUCUAACUAUCUCGUCGGCACUACACGGGGCGCCACAUACGUCGUGACAGAUGUUAUGCGAAGAAAGAAAGAUGCCACUGCUCUGGUGCAGGCUUGGCUGCGAGCGUUGAAGUCCCUUGACAUCAACCUCGCCGACAUCACCGCUUUCGUCACAGACUCUGCCAAUUCGAACGUUUCUGCGAUGGAGGUGUUCCAGAAGGAUGAGAGUGUCAAUCACAUCUUCUGGAUUCCUUGUGUGGCACACGUCAUGGACCUCAUCCUUGAGGACAUCGGCGACAUUGACUGGGUGGCGACCCGCAUUGCUCAAGCGCGUUUGGUCACAAAGUUUUUCAAGCGUCAUAGCCACGCUCGCGAAGUUUUGCAAGCUUUCACGACGAAGGCUCUGCUGCUUCCCGCCGAGACUCGCUUCGGUACGCAUGUGAUUAUGAUGCGACGACUUCUUCUGCGGCAAUCGCAUCUUAUGCAGAUGGUCGUUGAUGAUCGAUGGAAGGACACUSUUUGGUCAACGAAGAAGAUUCGAGACGACGCCGCGGAGGUCACAGCAUGUGUCAGUUGUCCUCAAUGGUGGGAGGAUAUGAGAACGCUGUGCAAGUUGUUGGAUCCCAUCAUGGACAUGCUGCAGAUGGUGGACAGUGACACGAGGCAGAUUGGCAAGAUUCUGCGUUGAGAGCUUGGUCCCGUUGGAGUUUCAUCCACUCCAAAUCUCGUAACAGAUUGGAGGUGGCGCGGGUCGAGAAGCUCGUGCGAUGCCAUUGGAACCUUCGGCUCCUCGACAGGCAGGCUAUGUCGGACGAUGCUCCCAAUGACAGGCCACAUCCGUAUGGGAGCUGGGUGCACUACUGGCAGCAGGUGGAGGAGGAGGUGCCCACCGACCAGCAGCUUGAGGCAGCUGAGGAACCCGUGUGACGAUACGAAGGAGGAGUUGACGCAGGCGAGACAGAGGAUGCACGUCGUGUCCCGCAUGGGAGCCACUCGUCGCUUGCGGGAGUCUGACAGGAGGAGGUGUCGUGGCGGCGGUCGCGGAGGUGGUCGUCGGGGCGGUCGCGGGCGAGGCGGGCGUGGAGGUCCUGGCAGGAGGCGUAGUGUCGCGAGUCGUGGAAGGGCAGUGGACGAGCUAGUAUGCAAGCCUCGACAACGAUGGGAUGAGGGAGACUUUUUGUACRAGAGCUSGUYCAGCGAUGACGAGGAUUUCUUCGGGAYUGGCAGGCCUGCACAGGAUGGCGACAGCGAUUUCGACGACCGUCACCCGAACGUGGGCGACGACGAUGGCGCCAGUGGCGAUGAUCACGGUGACGGAGGAGAUAGGCCACGACCUGCACAUCGUGACACGAUGCGCGCCAACGGUGCAGGGGGCGAGCACCGCACGACAGUAGAUGACGCUCGAGAUGGAGUGCAUGAUGAUGGUUCACGACCUGUCUCGGGCGGUGACCUGAGGCGCKUGAAACGCGGACCAAGGGAAAAAGACACUAUCGCUUCACGUGUGCGCAAACGUCAUGGUGGGGUUGCUAGCAUUCCACKAUCACGAGUCCCCGCAACUGGGCAGAUUCCAGUUUCUGAGGACUCUUUCAGCGAUCACGGCGGCGAGGAGCGGAUCGAGCUGCAUGGUGGGAGCGGUCAUCCACGAGGUGACACUUCGAUUAUGCACGCGACAACUCCGAUGGGGCCUUCCGCAGCAGUCCCAGAAUCACAACAGGGUCCAGCACCGUUGAUGCGUCAUCCCGAGGUUCAGGGAGAGAUCAGUCCUCUCCCGGCAGUGCGGGAUGAGGGUUCUGUCGGUGCACUGCAUCUACUCACGUCUGCCGGAGCGGCAGUCUUAGUUGCAACGACCUCGGAUGUGGGACAACCACUGGCAGCGGCGGAGCAAGAAAGUAUGCUCCCACCUCGCAGUGUUCAACCGCGGCCACCGCCUGCAUUGAUGGAGGGGAGUCAGGGGACCGUUGUUGUGUGUSAAGGCGACGAUCUCCCGGAACGUGAUAUCUCACACACUCCCGCAGCCGAGCAGAGUGCCGCAGACCAUGUCGGCCUCGCAUGCCCCACCGGCAGUCUUUCGGGUCUACCCCAUGUGUCACCGCCCAAGCCACAACAGCCUGUUGUCAUBGAGCGUGGAUCGGACGGGUUUGACGUGGCAGGAGGCGAUAUCACCGAUAUGAUUACGAGCCCAAUGGUGUCUGCCACGCCCACAAUUUUUCGUGUUGGCAAACUACGCGAGGUGGCCYUUGGUUUGGCGGAGACGRCGACGCGAMACCRCCGCGACGGUCAGCGCAGCAUCGCWCAACGCAGUCUUUCUCAUUCGUUUGACGGCGCAGAGGAAGGGUCUCSUGGUGGGCCAGUUGACACACUCGAAAGAGAAGCGAGACCCCCAAGUCCGCCGUCAAACUUAGAGCAUCAUCCGAUUGCCGCAGCUGUCGGCGCAGAUGCGGGCGUCCCCGUCACAAACAGUGGCGCGGACGCGACAGAACAGCUUGUGGUUAGGUCAUCGGCGACAGCACGGUGCGACAGAGCCACUGUUUUGUCGACAGUGGCAUUCUGUGCCAGCGGGAAGAGUACCGGGGGGAUGGAUGAGCAGGGAGUCCGGAAUGUUGGCAGGCCAUCUGCACCGUCUAUGGGGAAACCAUCCAUUGGGAGUGUGGAUGGUGCUCGGCACACCGCCAUGGCCGAGUUUGAGGACCGACACGGGAGUGCUUUGCCGACGAAGACGUCUGAUGUCCAUGCUACGAGAGCCGCAAAGGCGAGUCUUUCUCGGGCAAGGAAGAAGGCCUCGGCAAGGAAGGCGUCACGUUCAUCCUCACAUAUGCGUUCCCGAGAAAGAGGAUCGGGCGUUGUGCAUCUCGAGGACGGAGAGAUUGCACCUGACGGCGACGCAUUGGAUGUUGGAGGGAGGGAUGCAACGACGACGGAUAUCGUCGGCAGGGAGGGCACAGGGAAUGCAGUGGCAGGUCAAAAGAGACGCGGGAGUGUACUUAUCGUCCACGACGACAGCAUAGAUGUCGCCCCGGGAGAGACCAUACGCACUGAUGAUGCAGCGGACUCCGAUUACGUACCCAAACCACGGGCGGCAGAUGAAGAUGAUGGAGGAGGGCGACGAGUGAGACCGAGGACACAACUCGGGCCGCAAGGGCAGCGAGCACAGGGCACACCAUCGGCGAUGAUUCCUGCCCCCAUAGAUCGGCGAGCUCAGGCGCAGCGGUUGCUGCGCAAAAUGGAGGCCACUCUUCAACAGACGCACGGGUUAUCGCUUGGCCGCGAAUAGACGGAGACUCAGAGAGAGAGAGAGAGAGAGAGAGAGAGAGAGAGAGAGAGAGAUUUAUCAGAUACUUGCGCUGGCUGCGUUGUUCGAGAAGCAGGCCCGGGCUAUCACUAGGAUGGGAGGCCAUAUGGCCUAGGCCCGUAGCAUGAGAGCCUAUAGCCGGGCAGGCAGAAGCCGUUCAGAAAAUUGCUUCACUUCAGCUUGUUGAACUUUUAUUUUGUUACCCUCGCAAUCUCGCAUCCUCGCAUCCUCGUAGUCUCGUAGCCUCGCAGAG